CGAAGUAUCCCGCAUCACUCGUUAGAAGCCGUCCAGCGUACGUUAGCCCGAGAUGAGCGUCAUUCGGCCUAUGCAAGCGACCGACAUGCUUAAAUUCAACAACAUUAACUUGGACGUCUGGACUGAGACAUAUGGAAUCAACUUCUAUCUUGCCUAUCUCUCCCGGUGGCCCGACCUCUGCUGCGUCCAGGAGUCCCCCAGUGGCCGCAUGAUGGGCUACGUCAUGGGCAAGGCCGAGGGCCUCUCCACUGAGUGGCACGGACACGUCACUGCGCUUUCUGUGGCGCCCGAAUACCGCCGCAUGGGCCUCUCUCGCGCCCUCAUGUCGCGCCUUGAGCACGUGUCCGACGAGAUGUACAAGGGCUUCUUCGUCGACCUCUACGUUCGCUGCACGAACUCGGUCGCGAUCGAGAUGUACGAAGGCUUCGGGUAUAGCGUAUACAGGCGCGUCCGCGAGUACUACGGAAACUUGGGCAUAGGCAAAGGCGGCAGGGACGAGGAGGAUGCGUUUGAUAUGCGAAAACCGUUAUCACGGGAUCCUAUGCGCCGGUCCGUCAGGUUGAAUGGUCGAGAUGUGCUAGUCAGCGCACAGGAAGUAUCUUAGCAUGACUGAUGAUCUUCGAGGCUCUCCAUGUACAUCACUCAUCAACAUCAUACCUAGACAUAGUUCAAUCAAACCCAUGUUCAACAGUUCCUUGCGCCCACCACUGGCGUCUAC